AUGGAAUUACUGGCUAUGGAUAUGAUGUCUAACAAAGUAGUGUUGAGUCCAGUUAUCACUGAAGACAACGCCAUUGCAAUCACCGAUAAAUCAAAGAUUGACUUUCGCUUAACUAUAAGACAAGUGGAUAGCAAUGGAGUGAAGCGUUCGGUUCAACUCAAGAAUGAGCUGUUAAGCGAUUGCAAGCCAUUUGUGGUCCUCUUUGAUGACAACGACAUCGACUUCGAGCUCGAAGUCCACAACCGAUCGGUGGUAACGUUGACCGGAAAAACACUUGACUUUGUAAUAGGUCUCGAGAAGUGUCUCGAGAAGACAUAUGAUCUGAAAGUCAUGAUUGAAGACAAAGAAGGCGUUCCAAUGGAUCAGCAAAGACUGAUAUACGCGGUCAAUGAGAUGGGCAUUCGAAGCAAACCAACACUUCGUGUAACGUUAAGAUCGAAAGACUUCGGAUAUUCUAUAAAUAGCUCACACAACCCAAUCGGAGCACUGGAUCUCAUGUCAGACUCAGGGAAACGAUUCGGUCGCAGAGGUGUCGUCGGAUUCGGACACAAAACUGACCAACACUUUAAAUCGUAUACCGGUUUCGAUGCCGACGACAGCUUUUAUAUCGAACCGGUUGUCAUUAUCAAACUUAAUAAAUGUGUUGCGAUGGCUGAAGUCGAAGAGAUAUGGCCAGUGAUUGACGAUAAGUUCAUUUGGUUCACCAAUAAAUCAAAGACAGUUGACUUUGAAUUGUCGAUCAGACAAGUGGAUGAAAAUGGUGUCAAAAGUACCGUUGAUAUGAGAUAUGGAUCCACGAGACAGACAUUUGUCGCUCUCUUUGACGAUAAAGACAUCGAUUUUGAGAUCGCGGUUUGCAACGACUCGUCCACUAGAAUGUCAUUUGACAUGAUUUUUGGCAAAAAAUACUCUUACAUUCUUUCGGUCGGAGAAUUGUCCGCUUUUGAUACUCUCGAAGAAUAUGGACAUCACUUGCGAUUCUUGUCGCCAAACCUACCGACGGGACAAUCGGUGGUCGAUUUGAUCGCAAACAAAGACUCCGACAGCAGAAGGAAUGCAGAGAUCAUGUGCUCGAGAAUGAAAUUUCAAUUAGGAGUCGGAAAGCCUUCGUCUAUUGUAUAA